AGACAUGUAAUGAAUGAAUUAAUAGAUACUGAACAAGCUUAUGUCUCAGAAUUACAACAAAUCCUCAAGGGUUAUUAUCAAGAAAUGGAUAGUCGACACAUGCAGCAUUUGAUUCCAGGUGAAUUAGUAGGAAAACGUCAUGUUUUAUUUGGAAAUUUAGAAGAAAUAUUUAAUUUUCAUAAUGACGUAUUUUUACAAGAAUUACAGAAUUGUCGAGAUAUGCCUGGUAGAGUUGGCAAGUGUUUUGUAAAUAGGAAAGAUGAAUUUCAGAUGUAUAGUUCUUAUUGUCAAAAUAAGCCUAGAUCAGAAGCUUUAAGAGCUCAUAUUGGUGAUUCCAACCCAUUCUUUAAAGAAUGUCAGAAAAAACUAGGUCACAAGUUACCAUUAGGAGCUUAUUUAUUAAAACCUGUACAGAGAAUUACUAAAUAUCAACUCUUAUUGAAGGAAAUGUUAAGGUUUAGUGGUGAUGAUCCUGUUUUAGAGAAUCAUAUACAAGAUGCUCUAGAUACUAUGUUAGGUGUUUUAAGAUAUUUAAAUGAUAGCAUGCAUCAAGUAUCGAUUGUUGGUUUUAACGAGAACAUGUCUGAACAAGGAAGAUUAUUAAUGCAUGCUAGUUUUAGUGUAUGGACAGAUCAUAAGAAAGAAAAAUUAAAAGAUCUAAGAUUACGUGCUAUGAACCGACAUGUGUUUCUGUAUGAGAAAUCUCUAUUAUUUUGUAAAAAACGGGAAGAAUCUCAACAUGAUGGAGCUGUGUAUAGUUUUAAAAAGAAAUUAAAGCUGUCUCAAGUUGGGUUAACCGAAACAGUAAAGGGAGAUAAGAGAAGAUUUGAAUUGUGGUUACGUAGUAGAGAGGAAGUGUAUAUUAUACAGGCACCUACUCUAGAAGUAAAAGAUACUUGGGUGAAAGAAAUUAAAAAAGUUCUUCUCAACCAAUUUGAUCAACUCAAAGGUAAGAAAAUAUUUUGA